AGCGCAGAAUGCGGUAGUCGCGGAAGCGAUGACUGUCAACGCGGAAAUCGGCAACCUUGUAAUCGCCAUAUUGUUUGCACGCACGUUGCGCUAGGGAGUCAGUGGUGAUAAUCUUGUGGGUGUCGCAAGUGCGUUCGAGGAGGAAGUGUCGAUAAAAAGGAAGGGUUUUUAGCGAAGAGAGGGAGAAAGAGGGGAAUUGUGAGACUGGUGACCCGGGGUGCAAUGUCGUAUCACCGUGGGGGCCAGGAGGGCGCCGUAGCAGUCUCGUACAGUACCAGCCCGAUGGCGCCGUAUUCUCCUAGCAGGCGAUGCUCCAGCGGUAGCGGCGGCACCAGUAGCUCCGCCAUCGGCGGUUCCACCUCGAAGCUGAACACCUACAGGUCUACUGGUACCUCGUCGAUCCUAUACACAUCCGAGUACAGGCGAUCCUACUGCCCGUCAGGCAGUUUCUACUCAUCAACGGGUGCGAGCAUCCGCAGGAACUACGUGUCGGAGUACAGCCGGUCUCGCAGCUCACCCACAAGGUCAGUCUCUUCUACGACGUACACGAGCCCAGUGAGCAGCAGCGCUGGUCCAUCAACGAAUGCAACAUCCAGCAGUAGCAGCAGAUUCGGUUUAUCCACCUCCUCCUCAUCGUCCAGCUUGUCCAUCAGCGGCACUUCUAGGGACAGGCUAGAAAGUACUACAACAGACCUGAGCAGGUACUCUCCGUCUGGCUACAUACCGAACAUCUCUGGCUCCUCCCACCACCAUCACCGUCAGUGGAAGCACCACUCAACCAGCACAGCGUCAACUGGGUCUUCUUUGACGGAGCUGUUCGGCGAGGGUGGCCGUGAGACCAUCGAGCGCACAGGGAGAGACUAUUCGCGACCCGAGUCGUCACUCUCCUCGUCCUCAUCGUCGUCUUCCGCCGCUGGCGUCUGGUCCAGGUCGAAGAGGCGGCCGGGCAGCAGCAGCAGCACGGUGCUCCACGGCGGGUAUGCACGCGCGGACGGCGCCGCGACACCUGGCGAGGUAACAAUCGACGAGCGCGGCAGCACGGUACGCGAUCACCUGGACGAAGACGAGGACGACGACGACCAGGACGAGGACGGGGACGGGGACGAGGACGAGGACGAGGACGAGGACGAGGGCGACCGUACUAGCACCACUACUACCGAUCGUACCGACGAUCAGCACAACAAUAACAACAACGUGAAACAACAACAACCAGUUGGUGGCAGCAAUAACAAUGUUGCUGCUGCCGCCAGCAGUGGUGAGAAUGGGAACGCCAGUGGUGCCAGUGGCACAGAGGACAGUGGAGGCUACGGGGUGGUGAACAACAAUGAUCGUGGUGACCUAGACGACGAGGACGCGGACCUAGACGACGAGGACGAGGGAGACGCGCAUCUGAACGGCUUGCAUCGUCGCCUAGAGGUUUCACCAGCUAAGCGUAACCUCCUGUCACCUACAGUGGCAGCUGCCUCCGGUGGUGGCGGUGCUGGUUUGAUUGGUGUUGUUAAGCUCGACUUGCUCACUAACUUAGCUACUAAUACGAGUAACGGCGAGCUGCUGAUUAAUAAUAACGCAAGGGAGAAGAUCAGCGUUACUGGUGAGCUGGAGAAACAGCCAGAGGAGUUGGACAUUGAAGAGGAAAGCUUAGAGGACGGCGACGAGCAGAGAAAUACGUCUACGUCGUUCGUGGGCGGUAUCACGCCGCCUAUUUUGCAGAACGGCGUGGCGGGAAGACCGUCAGGUACCUACGGGGACGACCCGUCCGCACCAUCCACAUCUAGGAGGCAGGAGGGACACUUCUCUGGGUCUAGCACGAACACUGCCAGUAACUUGACCUCCUCUUCGCCCACGGGAGCGUCAACGGCGCACCAAAGCCUCUAUCGCGGGGUCACCGACCAGUUUGAGGGAAGCCCGACAAACAAAUCGGCGCGUAAUCGACUACAGGCGCACCGCGAUGAGCGCUGUGGACUGAAUGGGUUGAGAAACAUUGGAAACACAUGUUUUAUGAACAGUGUGAUCCAAUGUCUGAGCAAUACAAGACCGUUACUGGAAUAUCUGCUGAAUGAGCAGUACCUAGCGGACAUAAACACCAGUAUGUCGGGUAUGAAGGGGGCUCUGAUCAAGGCGUUCAGCCAGGUGAUCCACGAGCUGUGGGAGGUGGGCGGUGACCACGUGGUGAACACGACGGCGUUGAAGUCUCAGAUACAGAGAUUCGCGCCGCGGUUCAUCGGCUACAGCCAGCAGGAUGCUCAAGAAUUUCUCAGAUAUCUGUUGGAGGGGCUGCACGAGGACGUAAACAGGGUGACGGUGAAGCCACAACCAAUACACACAGAUAUUCCUGAGAUGUACACGGACAGUCAGAAGGCAGUGGAGAGCUGGAAGCGUUACCUACGUAGUGAGGACAGCAUGAUAGUAGACGUAUUCGUGGGUCAGUUACGCUCCUCGCUGCACUGCACCUCUUGUGACCACGUGUCGGUGACUCUGGAUCCAUUCUGGGAUUUGAGCUUGCCAAUUCCGGCCAGGAGUGGCACCGUGAAACUGAGUCAGUGUUUGGAACAUUUCACACGAGAGGAAGUUCUCGAUGGUGAUGAGAAACCUACCUGUUCCAAAUGUCAGAUGAGGAGGAAAUGCACGAAGAGCUUCAGUAUACAGAAGUUCCCGAAGAUUCUUGUUAUCCAUUUGAAACGUUUCUCACCAAUGGAACGGUUCCGUAGUAAGCUCAACGUGAUGGUGGAUUUCCCAUUGACAGGUUUGGAUCUCAGUGCCUUCGCCGCGCCUCGAGUUCCUGGCUGCACGUACAACUUGUACGGUGUCGCGAAUCACUCAGGCACGACGCACUCCGGCCAUUACACGGCGUAUUGUAAACACCCGUAUUCAGGGGACUGGCACGAGUACAAUGACAGCCGAGUGUCCGUUGUUCCGGCACGAUCGGUCGUUUCCAACGAAGCCUACGUACUGUUUUACGAGCAACAGCCUCACAGCUCUCACUUGUAACCUUACGCCAUUGCCUAGAGAUAUAUACAAAACGACCAUCUUGCCUCCUCUCAAUACCUCAGAGUCCAGCAUAUAGUAUGUAAACAAACAGACAAAGAGAACAAACAGAAAUUAAUGAUAAACAAAAUAUGAAUUUACAUAUACUUUAUCGUGUGGUAUUGAAAAGCGACUAAACAUUGAACAAGAGAUAUAAAAAGGAAAAGCAGAGAGAAAAAGUACGUUGGUUUGGGAUUGUUCUGGUUAAGCAAAAGAAAAGAGACGGAGUGUGUGAUGAGUGUGUAUUGUGUGACAUUGGCGAUAAUCAUGCCCCCUCACGAGCCGAAAUUUUGCUCUUUUUUUUUCCUUAGGUGUAGAGACUUUUCUAUACUUCGGCUUCUUUAGAUACCAGACGCUUCGGUGCAUUUUUCUACGAAGAAUCGCUCGAAAAAAUAGACCGUUGGAGGUUUUAAUCAUGAUGUUUAGCAUGAGCGAAAAAUUCUUGGAUGCAAAAAGUCACGUUCUCUUUCGGUUUUGUUCAUUUUUACUUCUUUCCUCCCUUUCUUUUCUAGUUUCUUCUUUUUCUAAUGGAACGAGAAUAAUCAUGUUAUUUAUUAAAGAACAAGAUUUGCCAGACAGGCU